AUGUUCCCUUCGCUGGCCGAUGUCAAUCCACCGAGUUUCACGUCUCGAUCUGAUGUCGGGCAGUGCAGUCCACUUCCACCUGUGAACACUUCACAAAAGCAGAAUGAUGCUGCAGCGACUGACGAUGAGACAGAAGACGAAAUAAAAGAGACACUGAAGAAGCUGUCGAAAAAGUUUGGUCUACAGCGAUCGCUCGACGACGAAGUGACACCGAUGCCAAUCGUUCGACGGCGAACGACUGAGUAUGACGAGACGUCCAACGAAGCAUUCAAGUCCAAAUCAAAAAUCCAGCAGGAGUUCCUCAACACUGAUGCCAUCUACAUCGCAGCCUAUUCAACGCUAUGUCUCGCCUAUCGUGGCGAGGACACCUUACCCUGGGUAAAGAUCACCAUGGCUGGUCCCGGAAAUUCGCAUAACUUCGUAUAA